AGAUGCCCAUAAAUAGUCAAGAAUGUAUGUGUCUUUCUCCACUGCAAUUUCCUAGCAUUUCAAACAUUACAAACUCCUCCUCUCUCUCUCUCUCUCUCUCUCUCACUCUCUCUGCCUACUGAAUUUUAUUGCAAAGCAAGUUUAGUUUUCAUCAAACCAAACAAAAUGAAGCAAAAGGUGGUUAUCAGAUUAUCUUUGAGUGGGAAUGAUCAGAAAUGUCGGACCAAGGCCUUCAAAGUAGCUGUUUCUCAGCCAGGUGUGGAAUCAGCAGCUAUGACGGGGGACGCAAAGAACCAAUUAGAAGUUGUGGGUGAACAGAUUGAUUCCGUAAAACUGACGAGUGUGCUCAGGAAGACUUUGGGUCAGGCGGAACUGGUGAGCGUUGGGCCUGCUGGCGGCGAUAAGAAGAAAGACGAAAAAGCUGGUUCAGAUAAAAAGCCCGAAGUUGCAGCUGUUGUGACACAGCCGCAACCUGCCUUGUAUUACUAUACCUAUCCUCAAUGCCCUGUUUACCAAGUUACAGAUUCAUAUGAUCAAUCCAACUGUUCCAUUAUGUGAAUGCCAACUUAGAUUACCUACUGAAUACAUAGUGUUUAAUACUCAUCUGAGCUUUUACAUUUCCAUGGUUUGAAGUCAUCUGUUUCUAUGUAACUUAGCUCGUUUGGAUUGUUUUUAUCCUAUGUACAUUACGGGAUACUUUGCUGGUCCGGAGAAUAAUUACUUGGGAACUAGUGAAAUGAGAAAUUGUGGGAAUUCUGGACAAUUUGUAAUGACUUGCUAUUUAAAUCUAGUAUUUUCAUGUGAUUGAUACGGACAAUAUAUUAUGCUUGUGUACCUUUAUGGAACAAUUUAAGGAGCAUCUAAUUUCUCUGUUU